UCCGUUCCUUGACCUACUACUUCCGGAGCAAAUAGAGGCACGACAGGUCAACGUGCCCUUCCUUCUUCGCACGUGUACUGUUUAUCGGCCUUCACUCCCAGCAAGAACAGCGGGACGCUUGUUUUGGAUGUUUUGUUUGCCGUUUAACUCAUUUUAGUAUUCUACAUUAUCAUGUUUAAGUCGGUUAUUCGUGUGGCUGCGGCUGCUUUUCGCUAUCCAAUCGCUUCCAUAGGCACAGUUCGGGUUCUGCCGCUGAGCUGCCCGAUACUUGGCUUACCAAACUCGGCCACUGCCCGAGCCUUCACUCGGUCUCUCUGGAUGAUGAGCGGCACCAGAGCACCAAAACUUUUUACUUCCAAAGUGUUGAAUCCUUCCAUGUCGUGUGGCUGCGGUGGACUGCACACAGAGGGCGAUAAAGCAUUUGGAGAGUUUCUAUUUGAUGAAAUCAAAGAGGAGAAAAAGAUCCAGAAAGGCGAAAACUUACCGAAGAUGUCUGGAGGUUGGCAGCUGACUAUGGAUGGAACAGAAGCACAACUCAUCAAACACGUUGCUAAAGAAAAAAUUACUGUAACCUUUAACAUCAACAACAGCAUACUUCCCAACUUUGCAGAAGAGGCAGAUCAAGCACAGCAGAAGUCAGGAGAAGAGUUGGAAAUUUUGUCAACACCCAACUUUGUUGUUGAAGUCACGAAACAGGCUGCUAAACACACACUGGCGAUUGACUGCCAGUUUCUGCAAGACGAGAUGGGUCACGGCGAAGGAGAAGAGAGUGACAUCUUUGGCAUCUUUGAAGUUAGCUUCCAGCCAGAUGGUGAAGAAGAUUGGAAAGACAACAGCUACACACUUACCAAAGAUUCUCUAAAUGAUGCCCUUUAUGAUCACAUGAUGGACUUUCUUGCUGACCGGGGAGUCGACAACACAUUUGCUGAUGAACUGAUGGAACUGAGCACUGCUAUCGAACAUCAAGAGUACAUAAAGUUCCUUGAAGAUCUCAAUAGCUUUGUGAAAUGUAACUAAUGUAUUUAUAGAUUACACUUCUCUGUGAAACUAAAACUAAUGUUUGCUGCACUAGAACAAUCUUUGGCUCAGCUCAGACGUGUUUGACGACACAUGUUGACAAUGUAAACUUGUCUAUUUAUGCCAUCUGUUCUAAAUGUACUUGUCCAACUAAUUAUUCCCUCAAGAAAAUGUAAUGUUUGGCAGUCAGACUUAAAAGAUCAUUUGAAUCAACGUACAAAAGCAUUGCUUAGUCAGAGAAUUAAAUGUCUAAUAAAGUACUUUGAUAUAA